CCUUUGCGCAGUAAGGAUGAGAAAUGUAAUAUGGCGAUGGUCGCGUCGAAUAUGAGCGGCCACUUACAAAGUCAGUUAACACGUUCGUUGGAAAAAAUUUUAGAAGAGGCUCACCUGAGUGGAGAACUGAGACUAACUGGACGCAAGCUAAAGGACUUCCCGCUCGUCCGCGGGAAAUACGACCUCAGCGACACAGUUAUUGCAGGUAAGCUGAUGCCGGUUUAUGUCUACGAUGGCGAACUGCUCAGUUCCGUGAGUAUGCUACACUGUAGAUAUCAGAGGAAAGAUAGACGUUCCUCGUAAUUUCUUCUUCGAAAAUUUAGCGCGAAAAAGCCACUCAUGCGUUUGGGGCAGAACUGUCUGACAGUCGCUACAGCGUACAGAAACUGGCGAUGGCCAGGAAAAUUUUUGCUAUUCCGCGACAGUUCUUUCUACGCCAGGUGCUAUUUGCUUUCCUACACGAUGUGAUCAAAAAU